CAGUGACGCUAAUAAUUACGCUGUGCAUUUCGAUCUUAGUAAAUUUCACCAGUGACGCUCAUUUUACUGUCGAGAAAUCUAGGAUGGGAUAUUUCACUAGGGAGUCUUUUAAUCGUAGAAGAGGCAUUCUCUAGUAAUUCAUGGUUCAUGGUAUAACAAUGUGUGUUUGAAUUGUUUUGCGAUCGCGGUGUACAAAGUUAGCGCGAAAGUCGGCAAUUUUGAAAAUAUCGGAAGAAUCGAAACAAGGAAGAGGUCGGACGCAUCUGUCGAGGUUGAUAUUUUGCACGGAGGUCUUGGCUGAUACGUAAGAUUACGGUAGCAGAGGGGAGGUACCGAAAUCCUGAACGGUUUGAUCAGAAACGAUAAGGAUGCUUCGUUUCGCCGUAUUGUAUACCGCACUGUGUGCUCUGGGAGUCAUGGGAAAUCAGUGCCCGGACGGUAGUGAAAAUUGUACCGGCCAAGCAAAGAGUUUCGAUCAGAACAGCGAUUGGGCCAAUGCUAAGUCGGUCUAUGAUUUCCAUGCACACGACAUACAUGGGAAGGACGUUGCUUUAGAGAAAUAUCGUGGGCAUGUUCUGUUGAUUGUCAAUGUUGCCAGCUACUGCACAUUAACCGACUCCAACUACAAACAACUUGUCGAAUUGUAUAACAAGCAUAAAGACACGAAUGGGCUCGAGAUUUUAGCUUUCCCUAGCAAUCAAUUCGGUGGACAAGAACCAGGCACUUCGGAGGAGAUUAUGGAAUUUGUUAAACGGUACAACGUAACGUUUGAUCUGUUUGAGAAGGUUAACGUUAACGGGGAAGAUGCCCAUCCAUUGUGGAAAUGGAUGAAGACGCAACAGCACGGUUUACUCACGGAUGAUAUUAAAUGGAAUUUCACGAAAUUUAUUGUCGACAAAGAAGGCAAAGUUGUUGCACGUUUUGCACCAACAACCGAACCGAACCAGGUUGAAGACACCUUGAAGUCUUAUUUCUAACACUUAAAAGUAGAAACAUGACCAACUUUGAGUUGUAAAUUAAUUACUAAGGCCCAUUACUAAUUAUCUGAUCGCUAAUACUCUUUUUGAUGGAUGUUUGCGAGCCCAGUGUGUAAUGUUUAUUUUACAAAGUAGCGAUGGAUGGAUUGUAUGUUACAUUUACGUGUAUAUCAUGAAAUGAAUAAAAGAAUGUUUAACCACA